UUUCAGCCAAUCAGGUUCGCGCAGCAUGAAACCAAGCGACCUUCCGCCUACCAAAGCCCACUGGAUUCUUCCUUGCUGAAAUCUGCACAAGUUGAGGGUAAUCUUGAGGUUGGCUAAAAUUGGAUUGAAGUCAAGAUGGAUAAGAGAAACUCAAAAGGUGCACAACCAGAUGACAGUCUGUUCCGCAUUGCACCUUAUUUUUAUCUCCAUGUGCUUGAUCAAAAUAGUAAUGUUACAAGGGUUGAAGUUGGCCCAAAAACCUAUGUCAGGCAAGACAAUGAAAAGGUUGUUUUUGGCCCAGAAAAGAUGAUAACCAUACCUCCAAGACACUACUGCAUUGUUGAAAAUCCAGUAUUGAAGGACAAAACUGGCAAAGUUAUCCUUGAUGAGCACGGCCAGGUUAAAUUGAAACAUGCUGAUCUUGAUGUCCGUCUUGCCCAAGACCCUUUCCCUCUCUACCCUGGCGAAGAACUCAAACAACCACCAACAUCUCUUAGAGUUGUUCCUGCCAACUCAGCCCUCCGUCUGAGGGCUGUUCUUGACUUUGAGGAUCAAAGCGGUGAAAAGAAAGUGGCUGGAGAUGAAUACUUGUUCGAAGGACCAGGAACAUACAUUCCAAGAAAAGAGGUUGAGGUCUUGGAGACUAUCAGAGCCACAGUAAUAAAGCCAAACCAGGCCUUGAAAUUGAGGGCCAGAGGAGAAACUAAGGAUCGCAAUGGCAAUUUUCGAGUGACUGGUGAGGAAUGGCUUGUGAAAAAGGUGGGCGCAUACCUCCCAGGUGCCUAUGAAGAAGUUGUUGAUAUUGUCAAGGCUACAGUAUUAACAGAAAAGAAGGCGCUUCAUAUGCGCUCCACAAGAACCUUCACAGAUGAUCGUGGCAAUGUUCGUAAAAACGGCGAAGAAUGGUUAAUUACUUUUCAAGACACUGAGGCGCACAUACCUGGCAUCUACGAAGAGGUUGUUGAUGUGGUCAAGAUCACAACGUUGAACAACAGACAGUACUGUGUUAUCAUGGACCCUGUAGGAAAGGAUGGCAAGCCUCAAAUGGGACAGAAGAAGCUCAUCAAGGGUGAAAAGUCUUUCUUUCUGAGGCCAGGAGAAAGACUGGAGAAUGAAAUACAAAGUGUGUAUAUUCUUGGUGAAGAUGGCGGACUUAUUCUCCGGGCUAUCGAAGAAUUCGAGGAGGAGAACAAGAAGAUUAAACGCAAGCCUGGUGAUAAGUGGAUGAUCAGAGGUCCUUGCGAGUAUGUGCCCCCCGUCGAAGUAGAAGUCGUUAGCAGAAGAACGGCUAUUCCACUCGAUGCCAACGAGGGGGUAUAUGUGCGUGACAUACGGACUGGCAAGGUUCGGGCAGAAAUAGGCAACACCUACAUGUUAACCCAGGACGAGGAAUUAUGGGAGAAGACACUACCUCCUGUUGUAGAAGACUUGAUAACCCAAGGAAAGGACCCCCUCUCGGGGCGUAGUGAAAGGGGUGGAGGCAGUGAUACAGGGAAGGCACGAGAUAAAACAAAAGUAGUUACGUUCAGAGUGCCCCAUAAUGCAGCAGUUCAGAUUUAUGAUUACAAAGAAAAGAAAGCAAGGGUUGUGUUUGGACCAGACCUUGUAAUGCUCGGACCUGAUGAGCAAUUCACUCUGUUAAGUCUGUCUGGGGGCAAGCCCAAGAGACCAAAUGUCAUAAAAGCCCUUUGUCUCCUCCUCGGCCCAGACUUCUGUACUGAUAUUGUUGUUGUGGAAACGGCAGAUCACGCAAGACUGUCGCUUCAGCUUUCAUACAAUUGGAACUUCUUUGUUGAUCCAAAGAGUGACGAAGACAAAGCUAAGUUGUUCUCUGUGCCAGAUUUUGUUGGUGAUCUCUGUAAAGCAAUUGCAUCGAGAGUGAGAGGUGCUGUUGCCGGGGUCAAAUUUGACGACUUCCACAAGAACUCUGCCAAAAUCAUCCGCUCUUCUGUGUUCGGCUUUGAUGACAAGAUGAAGGUUCGUGACAAAUUCACCUUCCCUGCCAACAACCUCAACAUCACGAGUGUUGACAUUCAGUCGGUUGAGCCUGUAGACCAACGCACCCGAGACGCUUUGCAGAAAUCAGUUCAGCUUGCAAUCGAGAUCACUACUGCCUCACAAGAGGCUGCUGCAAGACAUGAAGCUGACCGGCUUGAACAAGAAGCAAAAGGGAGACUUGAACGCCAGAAGAUCUCAGAUGAGGCUGAAGCUGAAAAAUCACGCAGAGAACUACUCGAGCUGCAAGCCCAGAGCGCUGCUGUUGAGUCCACUGGGCAGGCGAAGGCAGAGGCGCAAUCUCGAGCUGAAGCUUCGAGAAUCGAAGGCGAGGCUGCUGUGCAGCAAGCUAGACUGAAAGCCCAAGCUGCAUCGAUUGAAGCGGACUCAGAACUCGGCAGGCUGACAAAAGCCCGUGAAGCGGAGACGCAUUAUGUGAAGGAGCAGAACGAGCUUGAAAUCAAGAAGGCAAGUGAAAUGGCAGAGAUCGAUAGCGCCAAGUUCAAGGAAAUGGUUGACUCCAUUGGGGCAAAUACCAUCCAGGCCAUUGCAACAGCAGGUCCAGAGAUGCAGGUGAAAUUGUUGCAGUCUUUGGGUUUAAAGUCAACACUUAUUACUGAUGGCGAAUCGCCCAUCAACUUGUUCAAUACUGCACAAGGACUGAUUGGUGCUCUGGAGUCACCAUAGGACCUGGUCAGAGAUGAACAUGUUGACGAAAAAAAUAGUGAUUUCACAUAAGCGAUUUCACAUAAUUAUAUUUGUAUUUCUGUACACUUUUUUACAAUACUGCAACGUCUUUUGAGGCCUUGGCACUAACUACACGUCACAAUUAGAGCAAUUAUUGAUUAUCGUAUUUUGAAUCUCAAAUAAUAUGGAAAAA